AUGAGUGGGAUCAUCUUCACCGACGUCCUUGCCAACCCUUCUCCGCUAGGACUGACUGCCUUGGUUGUCGGCGCUCUCUUCCUGUUGGCGAGACUCUUCAAAAGGACAGUCCGACUCUCGGAUAUUCCGGUCGUUGGAAAUGCUACGAGCAAAGAAGCAAGGAGAAAGGAGUUUCUCUCCGGUAAAGCCAGAGAUCUCUAUAUCGAGGGCUACAAGAAGAACCUCACCCGGCGUGUAGAAUCCGAAUGUGUCGUUGUAUCACCGGAAUUCUUGAAGCACCUAAAGAAGCUACCUGAAGACGUUCUCAGCUUCAACGAGGCAGUAGAAGAGGCAAGAGAUGAUGAGUUCGCUGAACAGAAUGAAGUCUCAAAUGCGAUCCAAACAGAGUUCCCUCAGUCAGCGGACUGGUCGGAUGUUAGAAUCAACGGCAAGCUAGCCCGCAUAGUAGCCAAAACAUCAGGCCGAAUCUUUGUUGGGCCCGAUCUCUGCAGAGACGAGGUCUACCUCGAUGCGGCGGUCAACUACACUCUGGACAUGACAGCUGCUAUCCAGGCUGUGGGGUUUAUAUCCCCCUGGCUGCGUCCAUUCCUAGCGUCCCGAGCACCGCAAGUCAAGAAACUGCAUCACCGCUUCCAGCAAGCUGACGAUUUCCUCCGGCCUGUGGUCACAGCCCGCCGUCAGGCUGCACUUCAUGGCCUCAAUGAGAAGGACAAGCCAGAUGACAUGUUGCAGUGGUUGAUGGACUCCAAAGACAAAUUUGGUCAACAGAGUGAUCGUGCGAUAUCAAAGUAUCAGUUAAGCCUGACCUUUGCAGCUAUUCACACGACAACGGCAGCAUUGACCAACGCCUUUUAUAACCUUGCGGCAACACCCGACCUCGUGGCAAUCUUGCGACAAGAGGUCGAGGAGGUCCUUGCUGAGACAGAUGGCAAUAUUACCGCAGUCGCACUACAAAAAAUGGUGAAGCUAGACAGCUUCCUGAAGGAGAUCAUGAGAUACUACCCUCAAAGUGCCACGGCAUUCCAACGCAAGGUCAUGAAGCCAGUCACUCUGCCAAACGGGCAAACAAUUCCUACCGGUGUCAUCCUGGAGGUCCCUUCACAUGCCAUCAACUACGAUGAAACUAUACACGCCAGUCCGGACGUCUUUGACGCGUUAAGAUUCUACAAGAUUCGAAAGGAAAAGGAAGCUGCGUUGAAAAGUAAGAUGUCAGCGGAGGACGCCUUUGCGGAAGCAGCAACAAACAAUCAGUUUGCGAGUGUGGGCGAUACAAGUCUUGCCUUUGGAUACGGGAGGAACGCCUGUCCUGGCAGGUUCUUUGCAGCAAACGAGAUGAAGAUGAUUCUGGCGACUACGUUCCUGAAAUACGACCUGAAGAUGCCUGAUGGCUGUACCGAGAGGUACAAGAAUCUCACUUUCGGAUCUCAGUCAGUUCCAGAUCCCACAAAGACUAUCAUGAUGAGGCUGCGGAACUAG